GAAAGACGCAUUGUGUUUCCUGUGUCGCGCUGUCAUAAUAAUUACUUUACAAGCAGAAGGCGCUAGUGUAUUGAUUACUCGAUCUGGAGAUUGCUUAAUAGUGUCGUCUGCUGUAAAUAUAUUUAUGAGAGUUAAUUGUUUGUAAAAGUAUUGAAAUAAUAAAAUAACAAGAAUAUAGGACACACAAAAUGACUUGUGUUCUACCAGUUAAACCAUUUUAUACAAACGCUUUCACCAAGGAUGUCACUGUGGAGUUACAAAAAAAAUCAUGUGAUAAUUUUGAUUUUGGAUGGUUAAAUGCCCAAUAUGUUAAGCCUGGAAUAAUAAAUUAUCACAUAUGCUCAACCUCAUGCCUUAUAGACUCCGGUGCAGGUUCAUCGGUAUCGUGCCGAGUUGAAAACACAAAUUAUCUGUCUGCAACCGUAAAACAUGAGAAAUUUGAUGUACAAAAUGAAGAAUGGCGAGACACAUAUAUAAAAACAACAGACAAGGAAACAGAUAUACCAUUAAGCGGUGAUAACCAGUUUGAAAUUUGCAAAAAGACACAAACGAAACCAGAGCCACUGAAUUCAACGAAGCACGGAGUCAAAAGAAAAGCAGAUGUUACGGAGCCCGAAGAAUUAUAUAUUCCAUCCAAACGAGUCUCGCCAUUCUUAAACACACCCAAGGAAAGAAAGGCCGAACGAAAGAACAUUUUGAAAAUUUCAGUUAAAAAGUUAAAACAAUUAGACGACCCCGAAACAUUUCUAAGAAGAACAGUUCUAGUAAAUAAUACAAUGAAAAAUCUUCAGAAGGAAUUACGAGCAGAACAUUUUAGAACUAAAAACAAAACGUAUUUUAGUGGAUAUAAAGUACUGAACAAUAACUGUAUGUCAGAUUCUUAUUUAGUUGAUGAUCCCUUUAUGAGUGGUGCUCAUGAGAAAAUCACUGACGAUAUGACAGACACACUCAUAAAUAACGUGUUCAAUGUAGAUGAUGCACCAAAUGACAUAUCUAAAGAAUCUGAUAUUGAAGUAGUUCAUUGUGUCAAAGACAGUGGCAAUCUCUGACACUGCCGUUUUUAAAUUAAACCUUUUGUCUUCUUCAAAUCGUUUUGAAGAUAGUGAAAGUAAUUCGAAAACGGAAGCGUAAGAAAAGAGUGUAUCCACCAUGCCUGUUAAGGUGAUACAUAUACUGGAGUUAUAAGCAAUUGGAUGGAGCAAGUAGAUGCAACGGAAACAGCUGUGUAGAAAACUUAUACCAAAAGCGUUAACUGUGAAUCCGUUUACCUAGUUUGAAAUAACAUUGAGACUAAACAGAACAACAACAAACAUUCAGCUAAGUUAGGUUCUAUUGUGCAUCGUGAUUAAAGCACAAAUGUUUUCUUACGAAAUUAACAGAUGUUCAUAUAAAUGUAUACAUACAGCUCAAAAGUAUUUACGUGCAAAGAAAGAUAAUUCUUUCAGUGAUUUAAAAGGUGCAAUCGAUCAAGAAGAAAUUGUUUAUAAGCUAAGCGUUGUUUUGAUAUGUUGGACCUUGAUCAAAAGUUGGCAAGCAAGUAAUUAUCGCAUUCUUCCAAUACAUUCUUUGCAGCAUUUGACAUAAAUCAUUCGAUUUAAAGCCAAAUGCCUUUAAUAAAGAACCAUUAUCAGUAAAUAUUGUUUGGGAUCAGUAGAAUAAUUGUUUGGGGGAAUACAGACAACAAGAGAUUGAGAAUGAGGUGAAUUCUCUUCUUUGAAUACGUUUCAUUUUAUCUGUCUAGUCAUAUCGUUUCUUUAAACACAAUUGUUAGAAGUACAUUUCAUGAACUCGUACAAAAUAUUUCUGCUUUAGUACAAAUUAAAUUAUAUUUAUCUAGAAACAUUCUUGUAAAUCAUGUUUUGCUUCAAUAAUUACAAAGUUCGUUUUUAUGUACUAAUUUGUUUUAGCUCGAUUGUGAUAAAAGCUUCAAGCUUAUUGGAACCACUCUCGAGACUGCUUCCUGGAAAAACAAGUACUGGUGUCAUAUAAGAAGUCAUGGUCGUGGCCCCAGUGGGACUCGAACCCACGACCCCUGGAUUGAGCGGCCGACACCUUAACUACUAGACCACCGCUCCCCUUUUCAUGUUCGUUUUUGGAAGACGAGUGUUCAUACAUUUGAAUAGUUCUGCUAUUUAGGGUAUAUUUGAGAAAUCAGCCAAUCGUUGCAGCCUAGAGUAGUGUUAUAUUUGCUACUCCUUUGGGAUUAGCACUACAUACAAUUUUCCUGGAACAGAAUUCCGCUAAAGUCGGUGUUUGGGAGCGUGAGAGGUGUUGAACAUUUCAUUACAUCUCAUAAACAAAUUCAAUCAAACCUAGUCGCUAUUAUCUUGCUUGGUUGCUUUCUAUGCGUCUUCAAAUGGGCUUCUUAGAGGUUUUAUUGAAGAUACUGAGCCAUAUACCAAAUAUAUAUGACAAUACAAUCAACUGGUAUCAUUAUUCAUAUCACAAUCAUUAUGACAGUCUGCAAGCAUUCAUUUUCGUUGAUCUGAAUAUACUGAUACUGACGCAAGAUUCAGCUCGUGUAUGAUUUAAACAUGUUCUCUAGUCUGUACGACAUAAACAUACGUUUCAAACGCCACGGCUAGUUGAUUAACAUGAAAAUAAAUGACAUUUACGACAGUUUUAUGAUACUUCUACAGUUACUAAUGUUUAGUUUUCUCCCAAAUGUUCUUAGGCAUUUGAAUACAUGGCGUGACUUUAGAUGGUCUGUUUUUUGUUGUUUUUUUUUUUUUUUUUUUGUUUUGUUUUUUUUUUUUUGGUCUCAUUUCUUAUUAGUAUCACAUUCGUCCAAAAAAACAUCACAUUUUGAAACAUGUCAAGCAAUUAGUGUGCAAUAUUCUACAUGUUUGCGUUCCAGUAUGUUUUUCCUUAAAAGUUACCUGUUGCAGACUUAAAUUAAUGGUAUAACUGUUUUUGAAAGAAAAGUGUGAUAAACAUCUUUUUUUCUUGUAAUAUUAAUGUACGCUUAAGAUAAAUUGACGUUUUGCAUGGUGUUAUAUUAUACAAUUAAUUAAGAUAUAAGUGAUAUGAUCUGAUAAUAAUUUAGAGAUGAAGCAUUAUUGGUGAUAUGUUAUAAUUUUUCGAAACCAUGAUAAUCUAAAGGUUAAAAGUACGACAGCUGUCUUCGUGAUAAUAGUGUAUUUACCUCAAUGCUUUCUCCGAUAUUUUCAUCAGCUGAGUAUGUUGCAUUUUGAACAGAGCAGAGAGUUAACCGGUGAAGAAUGUUGACAACUUCAUCUCAAAAAAGUACAUUUUGUUAAACAAACAGUCUGUAUUUAGUUGUCUUUUUUUUCUUUUAUAUGUUUGGAGACUUACUUCAUCAUCAUGAAUCUGUUAUUGUUUGCUUGAUUUCGUUCAGGUAUAUUUGGUAUGCCUUUUAGUAUAAGUUCUUUAAAUGUAAUGAUAUCUGAUACCAGUUUUUUUGUAUGUAAAAUAAAUUUUAAAAAAAUGUAUUUGUUUGAUAGGAUUACAAGGCACCUAUUAUUAUGUAA